AUAAGCGAGAUUUAUAUAAUAUUUUUGCUGUACUCCUGAAGCUCAGGAUACAAAGAAAUUAAUGUGAUAAGCGAUAUCACCUAAAAUCUUGAGAGCGUCAUGUCCGCUCACACACGCCGCUUUCUCCGGAAUGUCCCAUAAGUUAGCAGUACUGCAUCCUGACGAGUACUGCUGCGUCUCCAGUGGAUAGUGGCUAGCAGGGUCGUGUCUUCCACGCCAAGGGUCGCCUUCAGUGCUUCUGUCUUCGUACCACAACCAGCGUUGCAGUGAUGGUCAAGUGGGUCCACUGUGCAGCCUUCCUCCAGCUUCUGUUGAUGAUGGCGAGGAUGGUAGUUUUCCCCGUGGAAUCCCAGGCAGAGUCGGUCGCUGCUGGAGACAAUCAAGACUCCAGAGAGCCACCAAUGGUUGAAGACGAACCGCCACCCACACAGGUAGAACCCCCAGGUGAUAGAGGAGGUCCUACACUCAAAGGGCCAGAACCAUCCGGUGCUGGAGACGGACAUCUACCCAGAGAUGGUUCUGUACCCAGAGAGAUACAGCCACCCUGUCUUGGAGAGGGUUCGACGCCAGGUAAGACAGAACCAAUCAGUGUCAUGAAUGUCUCGUCACAUGCAAAGGAAGAGCCACCCAUUGUUAAACAUGAUUCGUCAUCUGGAGGUGCAGAACGGCUCAUGGGUGAGUUAGUACCACGUCCUGUGGCAGCCAAUCCGUCCCAGCAUCAGAGAGAGUCACAUACUGAUGUUGAUGAACAACCGGAGAAUGCUCCUCCCGUGGUAGUCCUUCCUUUGUCUGAGUACGAAAUACUAACCACAUCGAUCCUUCCGAACAGAGGAAGCAGUGACAUUGAGCAAAAAUCAGGUAAAACUGCUUCAGUUAAUGAUACACAACUAGAUACCAUCGUCUUACCGAUCACUGGCACUGGAUCAGAAGUAUACGGCUUUAUCAUCCUGACCUCCUCUGACAACGACUCGUUAGCAAACUGGUUAGAGAAGCCACACGCCGCCAAGCCACACGCCGCCAUGUUCAGGCAAAGCAAUAAGUCAGAGAUCUCCACGCCUGAGGAAUUUCCUGGUUCACAGACUUUGGGAAUCUGUAGAAAUAUAUAUGAUUCUCUGUAUGGAAAACCACAAUCAUCAAUGGGAUACAUUUAUCUGAUAAAUUCAACAAAGUUCAUAUAUUUCUUCGUAAAUAAAACAUUUGUAGAUAUAUGCCUUCCUAUUUUUCGAAUAUUUCAUGGCUGCGAAGAGUAUACAUAUCUGACCAUAUGCUCCAAAAGGACUAUAGCGUUCAUACAUUCUCAUGGAUGUCAGCGUUUAUCUGAAGAAGACAUGUAUUUCGAUUUUUUUUUGGGCCUUCAUGUCAUUAGAGACAAUGUGGAAUGUAUGAAGAAAUUGUGUGAAGGAUCAUUUAGGGUUAGAGAAUCAAGUGUAGGAGGAGUCACAUACCAGAUUUUUAGUAUUUUCGAUCCCUAUGGAGGAAAUAAGGCAUGCAUUACCAAUAUCAUACUCCACGGUUCUUACACGUCUGGCAGAUACAACAAGACCUACAUGACUAUAAAUUACCACUGGCCGAGUUGUUGUGUUGGGUGUGUGGUCGUCUGGAGCGAUCACCCGGAGGACCACGGCAUCAAUGGAGGUUGGAGAUAUCUAGACGGGAGCUGUCAAGCAACCGAGGUGGUGUUGAUUAUGGUGGUGGCGUGCGUGGCUGUGCUUGGGGUGGUGGGUAAUGUGGUGGUGGUGGUGGUGAUGGUGAGCAGUGAACACAUAGGUCAGGAGUCCAGCAUGCUCCGCACUACCCUGGCUGUGACUGACCUCCUUCUUGGUAUCUUCGUGGUUAUGCCCUCAUUCUUCGCCCACAUUUCGCCAUUUAUUACAGAAACUAAUUAUAGCGAUAUAAAAUAUCUAGAUUAUAUUAUACGUCCAACGCAUGUUAAAAAGCGGGAUAUAGCUGAUAAUUCAAUCAAAAGUGUUUUGACAUAUAUUAAGGGUUACCCUUUGUUCCAGUCUCUCUUAAAAAAAACGUGUUUGACAGUAUCCUUGUUAAUUAUAUUUCUGCUGAGUGUGGAGAGAUUUCUGGCGAUAAGUCGGCCACUUCGCUACAGGGAUUACAUUACACCCGGACGAAUCAAGGCAGCUAUUGUGUUCUGCUGGGUAAUGAGUCUCUUGGACGCGCUCAUUCUCUCCUAUGACAAAGACGGUCGCAUCAUCUCGCAAUGGUCGACGUUUAACAAACUCCCGAUCAUAGGUUUAACGAAUUACCCUGAUAAUUUAUUGUAUGCAUUUCUAUCCAAUUUACACAUAGUCCUCCUUCUUGGAACUGUAAUUGCCACUGUUGCCUUAUCCUUGCUAGCCAUCAGGAGUUUUCUCAUCAAGAAAGCUCGCGAGGAAGCUGAGUGGAGACACUAUGGACUUACAUCAACUGAACUGUAUGAUAAUGACAAUCGUCGUAUUGUAAUCACGAUGAUCCUGAUGAUAAUAUUCUAUAUUAUAUCUGUUAGCCCAAUUGGAAUCCAGUUUAUUCUUUACAGUGGGAACAACAGACCUUAUCAAACAUUUCUCUUUGAAUACCUGGCCUCAUGGAUGUUCCUAGCCAGCACGGCUUGGAACCCGUGGGUGUUCAACAUCCGGAGCACCCAGUUCGUCAGUGACAUGGCUGAGUUCCUCCGCAGAGUGCUGCCGGCCAGGGUAGGCGAGAGGCUUAGGCCAUACAUAACUCACUCUGGACACAAGUGGGAUAACUCUGAACUAACGCCACGUAGGAUGAAGAUGCUGCGGGAGUUGGGCAUCUCAGAAACCUGAUCAGCCUCGACUCCCACAUGUCUUGGCCAUCUUACUCACUGCUGGGAUUCCCACAUGUCUUGGCCAUCUUACUCACUGCUGGGAUUCCCACAUCUCUUAACCACUACAAAUUGAUAUAGUUAUGUAUAUUCAUUUUUUCCAUGCUUCGAUUCGUAUUUUGAAUAUGAUUCUUAACAGAGUGGAAUAUUAUAGGGAAUUUUGUAAUCAAAUUUAAACCAGAGAAAAUAGCACGAAUCUCUUACAACAAAUGCUCCUUUCAGUAAAGCUAUGUUCCAGAGUUAGACGAAUAAAGCGUUGAGCUCCAGCUCAACGCUUUGUGGAUAUGCUAAAACGAGGAGAAUUAGAAGCAAAAAUAAUAGCUAUUAACGUCGAACACAUGGUUAAUAAACGUUAAUGCUAACAAAUGCAAUAUAAUGAGGAGCGGUUCAGGGUAGACAGGACUCCAGGGACAACACGGGCUGGAAAUAAAUUGACAAACAUCAGGGAAGCCUUUCAAACCAAAUAGACAAAAUGGUCUUCAGAACACUAUACAGAACGUACGCAAGACAUACCCUUGAGUCUGCAGCUAUGGCAUGGAGUUCACAAUCUAAAAAAAAAAUAUACAAAUAAAACUAGAAAAGAACAGGCAUGUUGGAGAGCUCAGGCAGGAGUAGUCUUGGAAGGCUUCCAAAGGUGUACCAUAGCUCGUUCUCACGAGCUUUCCCAACGUCAAGAAAACGUCAAUCGACUUGAGAAUGGUCCAGGACGGACCGAAACGUCGUCGUCCCUUCAACUUCUAGUGUGUGGUCUGGUCAACGUCAAGAAACUGUCGUAUUAAAGUGCCAGAAGCUAAGGGCCAGCUACUGAUCCACGUUAUUAUUCGAGUACUUAUAUAUGCGAUCUUUUCCCGGAAAUGCUGUGAAGCGCUGAAAAAAAUCGGCUCAGUGUACUAUAUAAGCGAUCUAUGACAUAUGUAUAUAUAUUGGAGCUGUAAGAUGGGACCCGCCUGUAUGAUCCGCAUUCCUGAGCUCCUGAGGUACGCACAUUACCAUAGUUUGAUCCCAUUACAGGACUGUGAUAUGUUCUCAUUGAUAUAUAUCACGUUCUCGUGAUUAUACUGUUUACAUGUAUAUAUAUUUUAUAGUUCCUUCAGAUAGACUACCACUAUUAUUAUCAUCAUCAUCAUUCUUAACAAAUUUUGACAUGUCAUUAGAGUUACUUUGAAGUUUCGUCAAGCGAGAACUGUACUAUCAAAUGCCUCUUGUCAUAUGUAUCAUCUUAACAGUCAUUAUUGUUAACAAUAAUGACACUUGGGUCAUUACUAUUAUUAUUAUUUGUUAUUAUUAUUGUAUUAUAUCACAAUGAGAAAUAAAACGCAUGAUAAAUAGGAACUUGUAUAAGCUAAAUACAGAAUAAAUAUUGAGAAAGAUA